GAGUGAGGAAGAAGACCAGAAAAAAGUCCCUUCAGUGCCCAAAUAUCUGAUUCGGGCAUUCCUGGGAAUCCAUUUUCCCACUAUUUCUCCAAUCCCGUAACUUGGGUCAUGAUAAGAGGCCAACGGGCAUUCCGCAUUCAAUGAAAAGCUUCGAUCUUUCGAGCUGGGAGCAGCAGUUCCAGUGAUGUGAUAGUAAGGCUCUAACAAUGGCUGGCGGGAAGAGGAGGAGGAGGCACCAUUUCAGCAGGAUCCAUGACAUCUCGUCCGGGAAGGACUCGUUCCGAGACGAGCAUUUCCUCAUUGGCGGGCCUGGGUUCUCGAGGAUCGUCUUCUGUAACGAUCCCGAGUGCGUCGAGGCAGCUACCCUCGGGUAUGGAGGCAACUAUGUGAGGAGCACCAAGUACACACUAGCCACGUUCCUUCCCAAGUCACUGUUCGAGCAGUUCAGGAGGGUCGCUAACGUGUACUUCCUCAUCUGCGCGUUGCUGUCGUUCUCCCCGCUCUCACCAUACUCAGCCGUUAGCACUGUGCUCCCUCUUGUUGUCGUGAUAGGGGUCACGAUGGGCAAGGAGAUUGUCGAAGACUGGAGAAGGAAAAGGCAGGACAUUAAGGUGAACAACAGGCAGGUUAAAGUACACAAAGGUGAUGGAGUCUUCGAUUACACCAAAUGGAGGGACUUGAAAGUUGGAGCAGUAAUUAAGGUCGAAAAGGAUGAAUUCUUCCCCGCUGAUCUGAUCUUGCUCUCUUCAAGCUACGAUGAAGCAAUCUGCUAUGUGGAGACCACGAAUCUCGAUGGAGAGACCAACCUGAAGCUCAAGCAAGCCCUCGAGGCAACCUCGAACUUGGUCGAGGAUUCGAGCUUUAGGGAAUUCAAGGCCAUUAUCAGAUGUGAGGACCCGAAUGCAAAUCUUUACUCCUUUGUUGGGAGCUUAAAUCUCGGGGAUGAGCACUAUCCCCUAACUCCUCAGCAGCUUCUGUUAAGGGACUCGAAGCUUCGUAACACGGACUAUAUUUAUGGAGUUGUUAUCUUCACUGGUCAUGACACAAAGGUGAUUCAGAACUCGACCGCUCCUCCAUCUAAAAGGAGUAAAAUCGAGAGGAGAACGGACAAGAUUGUUUACCUAUUAUUCGCAGGAUUAGUUUUGUUGUCCUUCGUAGGCUCCAUUUUCUUUGGGAUUUGGACAAGCAAUGACAUAGAGGACGGAAUGAUGACGAGGUGGUACUUAAGACCCGAUGACACUGCGAUUUACUAUGAUCCAGAGAGAGCGGGGAUUGCGGCUGUUCUGCAUUUCCUGACAGCCGUAAUGUUAUACAGUUAUUUUAUUCCGAUUUCAUUGUAUGUAUCGAUUGAGAUCGUUAAGGUGCUUCAGAGCGUGUUCAUCAACCAAGACCAGGAUAUGUACCAUGAGGAAACUGACCAGCCAGCCCGAGCUCGAACAUCGAACUUGAAUGAAGAGCUGGGGCAGGUCGAUACAAUUCUCUCUGACAAAACAGGAACUUUAACAUGUAACUCGAUGGAGUUCAUCAAAUUUUCUGUGGCAGGGAUCUCUUAUGGCCGCGGAGUUACUGAGGUUGAGCGAGCCAUGGCAAGGCGAAAGGGGUCUCCCUUAGAGGAGGAGCAAGGAGGAGAAGCUGAGGAUUUAGAGGAAAAAAGUUCGAUUAAAGGGUAUAAUUUUCGCGAUGAGAGGGUCACGGAUGGGAAUUGGGUGAACGAGCCUCGUCCGGAUUUGAUCCAGAAGUUUUUAAGGUUACUUGCUAUCUGUCACACUGCAUUACCAGAAAUUGACGAGGAGACUGGACGAGUUUCAUACGAGGCCGAGUCACCCGAUGAGGCGGCCUUCGUGAUUGCAGCGAGAGAGCUAGGAUUUGAAUUCUUUGAGAGGACUCAAACGAGCAUCUCUCUGCAUGAACUGGACCCUCUAACAGGAAAGAAUGUUGAAAGAUCGUAUAGCCUACUUAACGUCUUAGAGUUCAGCAGCUCAAGAAAGCGGAUGUCGGUGAUCGUGACAAAUGAGGAGGGGAAGCUUCUGCUACUCACUAAAGGGGCGGACAGUGUCAUGUUUGAGAGACUCUCACGAAAAGGGAGCGAGUAUGUGGAACAGACAAAGGAGCAUGUCACUAAGUAUGCUGAUGCGGGCUUGAGGACGAUGGUGCUCGCUUACCGUGAGCUUGCUGAAGAUGAGUACAACGAGUUCAAUAAGGCAUUUACUGCAGCAAAGAACAUGGUGACUGCAGAUAGGGAUGAGCUGGUUGAGGAAGCUGAGGAGAAGAUUGAGAGAGAUUUGAUCCUUCUCGGUGCCACGGCUGUCGAGGAUAAACUUCAAAAUGGCGUUCCAGAUUGCAUCGACAAACUUGCUCAAGCAGGAAUCAAGAUAUGGGUUUUGACUGGAGAUAAAAUGGAGACUGCAAUAAAUAUCGGAUUCGCCUGCAGCUUGCUCAGGCAAGGCAUGAAGCAGAUAAUAAUAAACUCAGAGACAUCGGAAGUUAAAGCAAUGGAGAAGGCAGAGGACCAGUCAGCCAUUGAUGCGGCAACCAAGGCAAGUGUCCUCCAUCAGAUAGCAGAAGGCAAGGCAUUGCUCGAUGAAUCAAGCGAAACUCCCGAGGCUUUGGCCCUCAUCAUCGAUGGGAAGUCUCUCGCUUAUGCUCUCGAUGUAGAUGCAAAAGACAAGUUCCUCGAUCUUGCCAUAGGAUGCGCCUCGGUGAUCUGCUGCCGUUCAUCUCCCAAACAGAAGGCCUUAGUCACAAGGUUGGUCAAAGUCCGAACAGGUGGGACCACUUUAGCAAUCGGGGAUGGGGCGAAUGAUGUUGGGAUGCUCCAAGAAGCAGAUAUCGGAAUCGGUAUCAGUGGCUACGAGGGAAUGCAGGCAGUUAUGUCAAGCGAUAUUGCAAUUGCACAGUUCAGGUUUCUCGAACGAUUGCUCCUUGUGCAUGGACACUGGUGUUACAGAAGGAUCUCAUCAAUGAUCUGCUAUUUCUUCUAUAAGAACAUAGCUUUUGGCUUCACCCUCUUCUACUUCGAGGCAUAUGCAUCAUUUUCGGGACAACCCGCCUACAAUGACUGGUAUCUGUCUUUCUACAAUGUGAUCUUCACGUCCCUUCCGGUUAUAGCCCUCGGAGUGUUUGAUCAGGACGUCUCAGCCAAAUUAUGUCUCAGGUUCCCUCUCUUGUACCAAGAAGGCGUCCAAAACGUCCUAUUCAGCUGGGAACGGAUCCUCGGGUGGGCCUUUAAUGGGGUCGUGGCAGCUACCUGCGUAUUCUUCUUCUGCGUACGAGCAAUGGAGACUCAGGCAUUCAGGAAAGGUGGGGAGGUAGUUGGUCUCCAGGUCCUCGGGGCAACCAUGUACACCUGUGUUGUUUGGGUCGUAAACUGCCAGAUGGCCCUCUCGAUCGACUACUUCACCUACAUCCAACACCUCUUCAUAUGGGGAGGUAUAAUUCUAUGGUAUAUUUUCUUGUUAGCCUAUGGGGCUGUAGACCCCGAUGUAUCAACCACCGCCUACAUGGUCUUCAUCGAAGCCUGCGCUCCUUCAAUCACGUUCUGGCUUGUGACCAUCUUCGUUCUGGUCUCGUCAUUGCUCCCGUACUUCAUCUACUCCGCAUUCCAGAUGAGGUUCUGCCCCAUGUACCAUCAGAUGAUACAGUGGAUAAGGAGUGACGGUCAUUCGAACGACCCCGAAUACUGCCAGAUGGUCAGGCAGAGAUCACUCAAGUCCACCACAGUUGGUUUCACGGCAAGGUUGGUGCAUUCAAGGCGGUUUGAAGAGAAGUCCAAGCCUUCUAAGCAGUUUGAGGAGAGGCCCGGAUCACAAUGAGACAACAUUGUCCCCAUUUCCGAUGUAGAUCAUCCACUAUUAGAAUAAUUAAGGUUGAAGGAGCGAAAUUAAUGAAGCUUAGAUUGGGCUUCUUUUUUUUUUUAUCGGAGGAGUCGCCAUUAUAUGAGCUUGAGAUACAAAUUUUUCAUGUUUUGGAAGCUUGAAGAGAUCUUAUCGUUAUUCUUUAACUUUGCUCUGUGGGAGUAAACCCGAAAUUCCCAUUGAAUAUAUAGAGCGCAGGACUUAUAGCGGAA